AUGGAUGAGCUCGCCUCCUGCUACGGAUCUGCCAGGACCCUGGAGGACCCCGACCUACCCAGCAACACUGUGUCAGCUGCCAGGACCCAGGACAUAGAAAUAUGGAAGCAAGUGUUCCAGGAACUGAUACAGGAAGUCAAACCGUGGCACAAAUGGACCCUAGAAUGGGACAAGGACAUUCUUCCUGACUCCCCAAAGCCCGGGUGGGUGAAGUGGCAGCAGAAGGCCUUUGCCAGAUUCCAAUGCUCUUCUUGCUCUCGAAAUUGGGCCUCUGGCCACAUCCAGGUCCUGUUCUACAUGCGUUGGAAUAAGCAGAGGCACCAAGGGCAGGUGAAGAUGAGGACGUUUGCUCAGAGGUGUAAGAAAUGCCCUUCUUCUCCGUUUGAGGUCCCCGAGUUCACCCUGGAGAAUAUCUCCAGGAUCUUGAACAACCUGGUGCUCCAAAUCCUGAAGAAAUGCUACAAGGAAGGAUUUAAGCCGAUGGAGGAGGUGUCUGUCAUCAAAGACACGGAACUCGAAGGCCCCCAUGACAGCACCAACUGCGAAGCCUGUCUGCAGGGCUUCUGUGCCCAGAGCUACGGGGGCCUGGUCACACAGCGGCCAUCAUCACCCCACCCCUGUGGGGAGACCGGGGUCCCCAGCGUCAUCGCGACUGGUAUCAACAUUCCCCAAGGAGACAAGGUCCUUCCAUCCAGAGGGAACCCCAAAGAUCCUAUCCACCCCAAGGCUGACCCCAAGAUCCGGCACACAUCUCCCACACGACAAGUUCUGUCCACUUCGACAGUGGACCCCAAAUCUCAACCUCCCAAGACUGACCCCAAGAGCCAGCCUACAUCUCACACACAACAGGUUCUGCCUACUCUGGUGGUGAACCCCAAAUCUAAACCUCCCAAGAGCCAGCCAACAUCGCACACACAACAUGUUCUGUCUACUUCGACGGUGAACCCCAAAUCUAGCCCUCCCAAGAUUGACCCCAAGAGCCAGCCAACAUCGCACACACAACAUGAUCUGUCUACUUUGAUGGUGAACCCCAAAUCCAACCCUCCCAAGACUGACCACAAGGUCAACCAUAUGUCAAAGCCAUCAACUGCUCUAACAUCUCUCACAUUCACAGUGGACCCCGAAGUUCCUAUCUUCUCCAAGGCGGACCCCAAGCCCCAGUGCACCACCAAAUCAUCAACUACCCCAACACUGCCACAAGAGGCAACCACGGUGAACCCCCAGAUCCCUAACCCCAGCAAGGAUGACCUCAUAGGCCACAAGAUCUCAAAGUCAUCCACAUUUCCAAGGCUGCCACCAACCCGCUCACCGAUCCCUGCUCUGGCCACGAGAAUGGCUUCCCCAGAGAACAUCUGGGGGGGAGAUAGGAGCUCAAUGCCAGGAAGGACUCAGUUCCCAUGCUCCCCGAUCAUUGAGCCCGUGCAAGACCCAAGGCCUUCCUGUUCUUGGAAUUCAACAGCCAGCACUUCCCAUGGGAUAGCAACCUGCGUCGACAUAGGCUCAGGGUGUGGAGAACGCUUGUGCCGAUGCGGAGAGUGUCUGUGUAAGGCCUUGUGUAGCAGGUGUGGCUUCUUCAUUCUGAUCUUGGUGAUUAUUAUUGUUGCGGUGAAAUUUGUGGGCAUCAUCUGAACCCAGCACCGGUGGCUCACGCCUGUCAUCCAAGAGACUUCGGAAGCUGAGA